UAACUAACACCACGUGAGCGUCCUACGUGGCAUCCCCAUGUCCCUGAAAAUGAUACUACCUCUUUUUAUGCACCAAGCAGAGCGUUAGGGCACUUUCAAAAGACUCCCCGAAGUCCACCAAUGACCAAACUCCAAACUCUCUCUCUCUCCAAACAGACACCGCAGGAAAAUACAACCAGAGAUCAACAAUCACUAGCAUUGCCGAGCAUUACUUUCGUGUCGUUUUGUUUCUUUGGUUUUUCUGAGAAGAGGCAAUGAAUGGAGAGGGAAAAGGAGACGACGGGGCAGUGAAAAUGGAGGCGGAAAUUGAGAAAUUGGUGUACAUGUGGGGUUACCUUCCGGGAGCUUUGCCGCAGAGAUCGCCGCUGGUGUCUCCGAUGGUUGUUAGGGUUCCGGCGACGAUUGUUUCAGUCGGGGACUCGUGGAAGGAUGUUUGCGGCGGGGGUUGCGGAUUCGCCAUGGCCAUUUCUGAGUCCGGAAAGCUCAUUACAUGGGGUUCAACAGAUGAUCUAGGGCAAAGCUAUGUGACAUCUGGGAAGCAUGGGGAAACUCCGGAGCCUUUCCCUCUUCCAACCGAAGUUUCUAUAGUGAAAGCUGCAGCAGGUUGGGCACACUGUGUUGCAGUUACAGGGACUGGAGAAGUUUAUACUUGGGGGUGGAAGGAGUGUGUUCCCUCUGGGAAGGUUUUUGGAGACCCAAGUUUGGGAGGGAGCUUUGAAAAGGAUGUGUUUGAAAGGCAGAAUUCAUUUUUGACAGAGCAAGUUAGCCCUACCUCUCAAGGCUCACGAUCAACUGGUGGAACCGUAUCCAGUGCUGAUGCUAGAGGAGGUGGAGAAGAAAGUACAAAACGAAGAAGAAUAUCGUCAGCAAAGCAAACAGCUGAAAGUUCAUCAUCUGGUGAUGAAUCUCUCUCAGCAUUGCCAUGCCUUGUGACGCUGAACCCUGGAAUAAGGAUAGCCUCUGUUGCUGCUGGGGGGCGCCAUACUUUAGUAUUGUCAGUUUCAGAUAUAGGACAGGUGUGGGGUUGGGGCUAUGGAGGCGAAGGGCAGCUUGGUUUAGGCUCCCGGAUACGUAUGGUGUCCUCUCCUCAUCCUGUGCCUUGUAUAGAGCCCUCUUCUUAUGGAAAAGAUAGAGCUGCAGCACUCUCUAGAGGAAGCAUGAUUUCCGAGGGACAGGCUUUUAGAGUUCCUGGAAGUUAUGUGAAGGGGAUUGCUUGUGGAGGGCGACAUAGUGCAGUAAUCACAGAUGCUGGAGCGUUACUUACUUUUGGUUGGGGACUGUAUGGACAGUGUGGGCAAGGAAGUACAGAUGAUGAGUUAAACCCAACUUGUGUGUCUUCCUUACUUGGUAUCCAAAUAGAGAGUGUUGCUGUGGGACUGUGGCACACAAUCUGCAUAUCAGCAGAUGGUGAUGUGUAUGCAUUUGGUGGGAAUCAGUUUGGGCAGUUGGGAACUGGUGCUGAUCAAGCUGAGACUCUGCCAAGGCUAUUGGAUGCUUCAAGCUUGGAAAAUAUGCAUGCAAAAAGUGUGUCAUGUGGGGCACGUCACAGUGCCUUAAUAACUGAGGAUAGGAAAGUGUUCUGCUGGGGAUGGAACAAAUACGGCCAGCUUGGUUUGGGCGAUGUGAUCGACCGCAACAUUCCUUCUCAAGUCACUAUUGAUGGUUGUGUCCCUAAAAGUGUUGCUUGUGGCUGGUGGCAUACCCUUCUUCUUGCCGAGUCACCCACUUGAAUUCUUCACUUGCUAGAGGCCUUCCCACAAUUUUGUAGUUAGCAGUUUUCUAGAUCGGUAACUGAGUAAUAUGUAUAUGUACAUACAGUAGCUUGUAUACAUAUACAUAUAUGUAUGUACUCAAUUCUUUCUUGGCUCAUGUUCACCAUGACUGGCCCUAUCUAUAACACCGUUGCAAGAACCAAGCAUCGGUUCCAAGAUGUGUAACAUUGUUGUUCAUCCAUUGUGUAUGUCCCUCUUUAUGCAAUUUGAACCCUCUAAUGCAGUAGUUGGCGAGGGAUAAAUAACUUUCUGAUGUAAUGAUAUGCCUUGUAAUUGUUAUGUACAGGAGUGUUUUUGUAUUCUAUCAA